CCGCAGCUCUUCCGUGUCGCGGUGCCGCGGUCGGUGGCUGGUGCCAUGGCCGGGGCGGCGCUGGCGCUGCUGGCGUGCGGCUGUGCGCUGCGCGCAUUCGCACAGGAUGAUGGCAUGGUGCAGCUGCCUGGUGGGAAGUUCCAGAUGGGAUCCAGCGCCCUGGAGAAGAGGAAUGAAGAGUGGCCUGUCAGGGAGGUGGCAGUGAAGCCGUUUGCUGUCGACAAAUACCCCGUCACAAACAGGGAUUUCAGGGAGUUUGUUAGAGAAAAGAAGUACAAAACAGAAGCAGAAGUGUUUGGCUGGAGCUUUGUCUUUGAGGAUUUCGUAUCUGAAGAGCUGAAGAAAAAGGUCACCCAAAAACUGGAGUCUGCCCCUUGGUGGCUGCCCAUUGAGAAGGCAUUUUGGCGACAGCCCUCAGGUCCUGGCUCUAGCAUAAAGGACAGGCUGGAUUACCCAGUGCUGCAUGUGAGCUGGAAUGAUGCACAAGCAUACUGUGCCUGGAAAGGGAAGAGGCUCCUGGCAGAGGAGGAGUGGGAAUUUGCUGCCAGGGGAGGACUGGAGCAAAGGAUGUAUCCAUGGGGAAACAAGUUUCAGCCAAAUCGUACAAAUCUGUGGCAGGGAGAUUUCCCAAGGGUCGACACGGCUGAAGAUGGUUAUCACGGCAUCUCACCGGUGACAGCGUUCCCUCCUCAGAACAACUAUGGGCUCUACGACCUGCUGGGGAACACCUGGGAGUGGACUGCAUCCGAGUACCUGACCCCAGGGCUGGCAUCAAGGCAGCGCGCUCAGAACAUGCGGGUCCUGAGAGGUGCCUCCUGGAUUGACACCGCCGAUGGGUCUGCAAAUCAUAAAGCUCAUGUUACCACCAGAAUGGGGAACACACCAGACUCAGCCUCAGACAACCUCAGCUUCCGAUGCGCUGCCGAUGUUCCGCCUAUUGUGGCCAAGAAAAGCUGGACCAAACCUGAGCUCUGAGGAGGUCAGUCACUCAGGAAGACCUGAAGGCAUUUUCUCCUGUGGAGAUGAACAGUAACCCCCAGCAGUCACUCUUGUUAAACCCCAGACAGUUUAAAACAUUAAAUACUUUCAGCUAAAACUGCUUUCCACACUGGGAUGCCUGGGCACCAGCAGGGAUUGGGAAUGGCAGGCCGGGUGCUUUGUCUGUAAUGUCCUUUUGGUGUGGUAGAUAUUAUAGCUCUCCUCUUGGUGUCUGUUCUAAGCGAGCAGAGGGGUGCAUGUGUGCAGGACCAGGGUCUGCUCUGACCUGCAGCCCCAGCUGGAGUGAGCAAACACCCGCAGCCCUGCCUGGGCAUGGGGCUGUCCUGAGGGGCUGCUGAUGGGGUAAAGCAAUGGGGGCACAUCCCUGGAAGGGGGACUGACACAUCAGUCCCCAUCUCGGGAAUUCCCAGCUUUGUACCAUCUGCGAAGCCUUCCCAGAAAUAGAACAAGGCACCUUUAUUGACCCUUGA